UAUAGCUAACAUAUUUUGCUUUUGAUUCAGCAUUUUCUAGACAACAGAAUUUGAUGAUGGAUGGAUUAGGCUUCAAUUCAACAUCUAACAGCACUGCUGUGGGUUCAGAGAAGAUCGCUCCUGCUGUAGUUCUGGGUUUGUGUUGUUUGGUUGGUUUGCCAAGCAACAUUGUAGUAAUUAUCAGCAUUGCUCGUGAGUGGAACAGAAAUCUGAGCUUUACCUUGAAACUAAUGCUAAACCUUGCAGUCUCUGAUACUUUGACACUUUGCUUGGCUGUCCUUUUUAUGUGUGGAAUAGGGUUUGGAUGGAAAUCCGGUCUUUGGUCUUGUAGAUUGCUGUUUUUUUUUAGUUACUGGAGUCUGUAUGUUGCUGUUCUGACGGUCACCUCCAUGAGCGUGCACCGAUAUCACAAUGUCAUCAAGUCAAGAAUCACUAACAGGAUGAUACUGCAGAGACUGGAAAGACGGCACAGGAACCUUCAGCUGCUUGGCAUCUGGAUUCUAGCCUUUGUUUUUGCCCUGCCAGUAUUCUUUACUCAAGGACUCAAAAACAAGAAUGGAUUGCUAAGAUGUCAGAGGAUAACAAAGUCACAAUCUGUAAAAGUGACUGUUUUGUUUUUUGAGGUCCUGUUGGGGUUCGUCAUCCCAUUUUCAACAAUGUUGACAUGCUAUCUGUGUUUGCACAAAGGGUUAAGUCAAAAACCCAAGAGCUCCAGUCUAACUACAGCUCCACAGGACCAGGAACCCAGAAACCAGGGGAAACACGUAAGGACUUAUAAGAAGAAGCUUGUGAUCAGCAUCAUUGUGGCUUUCUUUCUGUUUUGGACUCCUGUGCACAUUAUCAAUGUGAUUGAUAUAAUCACUACUCUGACUAAAACAUCUCAUCCAGAUGUUUAUAACCAACUGAAGUCUUUCCGAGGAGUAUGUGGUGAUACAAGCAAGACUCUGGCUUUGCUAAAUUGCUGUCUGAAUCCUUUUCUUUAUGUUUUCUUUUCAAGAAAUGUCAUAAAGUGUACUAAGUAGCACACACAUUUGUUUAUUUCUCUGUUACAAAAUCAAAUAAUUAUUUGAUUCAUUUCAGUUUGAAUAGAAAUUAGUUCUCUGUUUUCUGUUCUCGGUAAAAAGCUGCAUUAAUGCAUUUCUAAAAUCUGAUAUCCACCAAUGGAUCAUUUAUAUGAGUGAAGACAUACUAUAAUCAGUAACACACUAAGAAUUAAUGUCUUGUUAACAAUUAUUUAGAUAGUGUUUCAUGGGAACUUGCUAAUUAACCAGACAUUAAAUGUUUUAACAGAAACAGGAAAAGAAACUGUGGUUUGACCUCUUUGUCUAGUUUCAGAUGAAUACUUGACAUGUUACUAGAAAGAUGAUCAGUUGAAGAAUUUAUGAAAAUGUAUCAAAGAUAUGUUUUUGAUUAACCCGUACCACUUAAAACAUGAUUAAUGGCAAGAUGGACUGAAUUUUUAAAAAUGAAAAUAUAUUAAACAUAUAUUUCCAGCUAUGCAAUUUACAAUAUAUCAAUAUCAUUCAAAUUCCUGAACACAGAUUUGAGCACAGAAUAACAGUAACAUAUCAACAUUUGGCUUAAAUGCUUUAAAUGGCUUAAAUUAUUUAAAUAAUGUUUUAUUUAUAUCAUGUGCACAACCACAUCCUCUAUUCAUCCAUCCUAAAUGUAGUUGCUUCUCCUCCCCAAGUCUGUUUCACUUUGGUGCAAAGUGCAGAUCAUAACAGACAAGCAGCUGUGGAGAGCAACUGGUUCUUCAAUCACUGCGUGCAUUUUCACUUUUAGUUUUUUAAGUUUUAUUUUGGAGUUUUGUUUGGAUAGUAAAGUGAUUGUGCUUAAUAAAUUACAGAAUCUUGUUGUUGGAA